GAUGGUGCACGGAGACAAGAGGGGAGAGAAAAUUGGACAACCCGCGAGACUUUGGUGGGCGUGGACACCGAGGAGAGGGCUUCCUGCUCGGGUGAACACGUGGUUCCGUGUCUGCCUCCCUCUGCUUGUGUGUCGGUGUGUGAAGGUUUCCAGCCCUUCUCUCGUCACUCUUCUCCCCCCCUCUUCAUCCUCCCAUACAACACAGCAGACCUCCUCCUCCUCUUCCUCUUUUACCCCGCACCUCCAUCCCCUUUAACCUCCUGCUCCACUUUCCUCCGUGUGUGUGUGUGUGUGUGUGUGUUUGCGACGGUUCCCGGGACUGCCGACAGCCAGGCCGCGGUCACUUCAACGUGUAUCCGCUCACACAGAGAGAGAGUGUGUGUAUGUCUGUGUGUGAGAAAAGGGGAGAGAGAGAAAGAGGAAAGUGUGUGUGUGUGAGUGAGUGAGUGCGUGUGUGUGCGCGCGCACCCGCCCGCAACCGGUCCAUCCGUGAUCUUUCUCCCACUAUCCCGCCUCGUUAUUCGGUCAUGACGCUGGAAGCGAUCCGCUACCGGGCCGGAUCUCUGCAGAUCCUCAACCAGCUGCUGCUGCCACAUCAGACCGUUUACGAUGAGAUCCGCUCGGUGCAGGACGCUUACGAGGCCAUCAAGUCCAUGAAGGUGCGAGGCGCCCCGGCCAUCGCCAUCGUCGGCUGCCUCAGUCUGGCUGUGGAGUUGAGGGCGGGAGCUGGAGGGGAUGACCCUGUGACCUUCAUCAGGGAGUCUCUGUGUCACCUGACUUCAGCCAGGCCCACUGCUGUCAACAUGGGCCGAGCCGCCCGCGAGCUGAUGGAGUUUGCAGAGAACGAGAGCAUGGAGAAGAACUCGGAGCAGCUCAGAGAAAGUGUAAUUGCCUGGAUCGAAGACAUGCUGGAGCGUGACGUCAAUGACAACAAGAAGAUCGGUAACUAUGGCGCCCAGCACAUCCUGUCUGGUGUCCCAAGGGACUCUGUGACCAUCCUUACGCACUGCAACACCGGCUCGCUGGCCACAGCUGGAUACGGGACCGCACUCGGCGUGGUGCGAAGCCUCCACUCGCUGGGAAGGCUGAAACGUGUGUACUGCACAGAGACGAGGCCGUACAACCAGGGAUCCAGACUGACGGCGUACGAGGCGGUAGCAGAGGGAAUCCCUGCUACACUCAUCACAGACAGCAUGGCAGCGCUCACCAUGAGAGAAAUGGACAUCACAGCUGUGGUAGUAGGUGCAGACAGGGUGGUUGCCAACGGUGACACAGCCAACAAGGUGGGCACAUACCAGCUGGCCAUCGCUGCAAAGCACCAUGGGAUUCCCUUCUAUGUGGCCGCACCCAGCACAUCGUGCGACUUGAGCCUGGAGAGCGGCAGGGACAUCAUCAUCGAAGUUCGUCCCCCUGAGGAGCUCACCAGUAUAAACGGAGUCCCCAUUGCUGCCCCGGGUAUAGAGGUGUGGAACCCGGCGUUCGACGUGACCCCUCACCAGCUCAUCACAGGAGGCAUCAUCACAGAGCUGGGAGUCUUCCUCCCCUCUGAACUCCAGGCGGCGCUCACCGGCCGCCUCACUGCCCUCUAAAGAGCCACUCAGCCCCUCCUGCUGGUCCGUGUGCGCCACUGCACCUUAAUGUCACACACUCAAAAGACACUCUCAUAUCAUUACAGAACACAUCCACGUUGUAGUUGUGGUUUAAUUUAAUUUUUGGUCAAUGCACAGUCACUGUUAGAUGUCAGUGGUGCACACAGAAGAGAAUAUGUUCUUCAGUCUCUUACCCACCCACACGUGAGGUCACCGUAGGGAGUCGAGCAGACGCACAUGUGUGCCAGUCUCCCUUUUCUUUUAUGUCCCUCAUCGUUUUUGGUCGUCGCUCCAUUUUACCAUUUCCCAUCUCGUCUUUCAUCCGUUGCAUCUUCCUCCUUCUAAAUGGCUUCUGCGACAAGGAAUAGUGCUCAGCUGGACUCAAUCCCGCAAAUUCUAUUUGGCAAACAAUUUUUAUGAGUCGUUACUGAGGUAAUUUUUCAGGGCUUCGUCAACUACAAACAAAAAAAUAAAUCUAAGUAGCAUGACUGAUUUCUUUAUUACUAUUAUUAUAAUUUCGAAGUAGUGGUUUUUAUCAACCAUGGUUUCUAAAAAUGCUGCUACCCACUUGUAAAUAUACAUAUCCUUGCUGGUAGUGUGUACAUAUGUAGAAAACUAACCCCUGCUAGUAGAAGGUACUGCUAUUUUAACCAAAUAUGUGGUUAUUUAAAAUUAAGGUUGACAUCAAAAUGUUAUAUUAACAUUUAAUUUCUUUGAUUCUGUGUAGAAACCUUUUGUAGAGAAAUGAUCCAAAUUUAUAACUCAUGGAUUUUCACAACGAGAAAUUUUUAGCGAUAUGAAAAAUCGUAUCUCACUCUCACUUUUUACCCUGUGCGGCAAAAUUUUGAACAAGUGGAAUUUCUUGAUCGGUCCUUGUUAGUCAGCUGAAGCCUAUGACAACAUGGCUGUAUUUAUACCUCACUCCUUGUUUGCAUCUUGCUAUUCCCAGUUUUACUGUAUCAUAACACACGUGUAUUCUCAUAAUGUACUGAUAUAUAUAAAUAUAUAUAUGUAACCAUGCUUAUUUCAGCACCAUACAAAUAUUCACCAUAAUGCACAGGACACUCUAUAAGAAUGAAAAAUCAAAAAAAAAAAAAAAAGGGAAAUUGUCACUUUUGCCAUAACAGCUUUGCUGUGAGCUCAGAGGUCUGUCAUGCUGUUGUAUUUCUGUAAUACAGGCAUCACUAUUAAAGGCAUAGUUCACCCCAAAAUGAAGGUUUGGUCAUCUGCUCGCUUGCAUGUCAGUCAAGACUUUGUUGAAGUUUGUGCAAACACAAAAUACUUACGUAGCUUCUUCUUAUUCAGUCAGGCUUGUCCAAAAUAAUUUUUUAAUAAGAGACAAACAAAUCAAAUGACAUAAUGUCUCUCUAUUUCCUGAAGCUUGCCACUGAUGGUGUGUUCAACCAGAGCAGCAUCAGAACAACUGGAAAAAAACAAAAACACACUCUUCAAACAGAAUCUCACAGACUAAUCACUCAAAGCUCUGCUAAACCUACUAUACGCUACCUAUUCAGCACCAAACUGCAGACAAACAAAGUUUUCAACUAGCUGGUGAACAUAGUGGAGCAUUUAGCAGCAAAAGAGCUGCUAAAGAGCUAAAUACGUUUGUCAGGUGGACACAAACAUGACUCCAGAUAAAUGAUUAUGUUGCUCUGUGCUCCCAGGAUGUAUAGAUAAGCAACUGUUUGCUAACAUGUCCGCCUUAACAACUUUACAAGGUGGUAAUAUGUCAGUGUGGUGUUUGCAGCUUUUUGUGCUGUCCCCAAGUGGCCAAAGAUAUAAAUGAAUGCAGGUUUAUUGACCCACGGUGUUAUUGUGCAGUUGUUUGAGUGUACAAGUGAAGUGGAUGACUUUGGGGUGAACUUUUCCUUUAAGAUUGGGGGUCUUCUCCACGCUGCAGAAAAACCUUUGAAACAGCGUGAUGCCACAAAAAAAAAAUCAGAAUGUAACAUUGAACUCAGAUGAACUUGCUUUUGUUUGGGGCUGUGAUCAGGACAGACUUCAGACACUCAGUCACCUCUUGCCUUUGUGCUCUGUUCAGAAUGUGUUUCGACUGUUUGGAUCAAUGCCGUUUCUACAGACUACAGACUGACUCGCAGCCCUUCAGGCUAGUCCAUAGGCGAUUGAAGAUGGGUACUCAUUAUGGGAUACACAAAGGGUUUUCUCUGUGGUUAUUGCCCUGCCCGCUUCUUGUGCCUGAUGAUGGCAAAAGAUUGUAGAGCAGAAAUUGUUGCAUUCAGUUUUCAGAAGCUGAAUAAAGGGGAGAAAAAUUAUCUAAUCCAUAGUGCUGAAACAAUUAGUCCGUUAAAUUAACAGAACAUAAUCAGUAACUAUUUUGAUAAUAUAUUAAUCGACAGUUAUUUGUAAGCAAAAAUGCCAAAUGUUUAUUGGUUGCAGCUUCGCAAAUGUGAAUAUUUGCUAUUUGCUCAGUUUUCUAUGACUGUAAUGGAUUAUCUUUGGGUUUUGGACUGUUGGUUGGCCUUGAGCUCUGGGAUCAUUCUUCACUAUUCUCUGAUCAAAAAUCCAAAACAUUAUUGACAGAUAAAUUAAUGAAAAUUAUAAUUAAUUACAUCCCUGUCCUCAUCGUCCACCCUUAUUAACUCUCUAGUUGAAAAAAUAAUAACAGCAUCCAGUGACCCAGUAUUCCCACAAUCAGACUGUUAUUGAUGAUUGAACCCAUGUGACAUCCACGUUUUGUGAAAGUUUCUGCAGUGUUGUCAUCUGGCCAGUGAUCCUACAAUGUGUUUGUUGUUUUAGGAGGCUCCAUAGAAAAGUCCCAGAUAUGUUGAUCUAUAUGGGACACACUUCCUCACUGUACUGAAUGUCACAGGGCCAGACUCUGGAGCCCACACUGCUCACUGCCUUACAAUUGCAGCACCAAUAUAGCUCACUGCUCAUAACCGGAGAGACAGCAGCCCCUCUGUCCUUCUUUCACCCUGGUUUAUAUCAUGUAGCCAGACCGCCAUCUUGUCAAGCUCAUUGGAGAAAAUCACAUUAAAAAAUUUAUUGCAGCGACUACAGCACACUGUAUCUCUACCCUUUUGUAAAUGAGUUCCAUGCACACUAGUGUCCUGGUUAUGUAUUGUGCAUGUAAACGUCAUACCCUGGUCUAGGAAACUUAGAUAAACCCAUAACCCUGUUUUCAGAAACCUGAAUAUGGUCGCUGGACUAUCCCAGUAGAAAUCAGGAUCAUGUGACACCUAAUCCAGGUUUCUGGAUCAUUCUCUGCCAUGUGCGCGUCAUCUACUAAAGUUACACAGCAGUUAGUCAGAAAAAAACUAAAAUUGCAAUCAUUGUUGCUCUUGUUAUCCAUUGCUAGUGAUCAGAAGUUAAGUCCAAUAAAAUGGUAAAUACAGCAAAAACCAAACUGUCUUCAUCACCAACCAACUAUACAACUCAACCAGUGAUCGUGUACACAGGGAUGUGAAGAACCGGGUUUCUCAUACCUGGAAAAAGGAUCAAAACUAGAAUGAGACUCAAAACUGUAACACUAAUGUGCGUGUAAACAUACUCACUAACUUUUGUGCUUUGAAUUUAAUCUCAAGCUUGAUGAGACAGAUGUCAGAGGUCUGGCCACAUAGUACGAGAUAGUCCCUCCGUCUUUACACCCCUUCUGACUUCUUACACUGCCCUUAUGGACUUUAUUAUUUACUGUAUUCAUUUAAACAGGUAACAAAUACACCACGUUACCUUUGGGAUCACUAAGAGGUCCAGAGAAAAUAAUCUUUAAAAAAAAAAAAGAAAAAAAGAA